AUGUCCGACUCUUUCGGCAACGUGCUCUACAUGGUCCAAGCUGUCCAGCUGUGGACCUGGCGAGUGGCCCAAGUUUCUCACACGCUGGCCACCGCCCGGGUCGGCCGAUACCAGCAGCGAGAGAAGAUCGAUGAUCACGCCCCCGCCCGCCGCACGUUCCCCCAAGAUCUUCGGGUCCGGACAGGAGUGGCAGCGAAUAUCGACAUGAUCACCUCCGCCGUGUGA